GUACCUUGUCUUCCAUUCAGCUCUUCUGCAGCUUUUCUCUCUCUGCCUACUCUGUGGUAGUGGAAAGCAGAAGCUUCGCCUCGAGACCAUUGGGUCCUUCCUGUCCAUCACACAGAUUUGUACCUUGUGCGAACAUGUGAGGACAUGGAGCAGCCAGCCAUUCAUACGCAACACACCAGCUGGGAACUUGCUGAUCUCUGCAGCAGUUCUUUUUGCAGGGGCAAUACCACAACAGGCGUUGAACGUCUUUGCCUGCCUUCGCCUACACUGUAUCUCAGCUAGAACUUUCUUCCGGCACCAACGUAUGACCCUCCACUUGGCAAUCAAGAACGUCUGGAGUAGGAAACAGGAAGGCAUGUUUGCAGCCCUGCAUGAAGGAGGACAGGCACUGAUACUGGGAGGUGAUGGCAGGGCUGACAGCCCUGGACAUUCAGCCAAAUAUGGGUCUUACACCCUUAUGGAUUUGAGGACUAAAAAGAUUCUUACCCUACAGUUGGUUCAGAGCAAUGAAGUCGGAUCAAGCAAUGCUAUGGAGAAGGAGGGUCUGGCUAGGGCGAUUGACUUCAUAAGGAGGAACUGCACAUUGCAGAUCGGCAAGAUCGUCACUGAUCGCCACCUACAGAUCGCCAAAUGGAUAAGGGAAAACCUGCCAGAAACAUGUCAUCUGUAUGACAUCUGGCACAUUGCUAAAGGUCUCAGGAAGAAGCUUUCUGCCUUGGCAAAGCAGAAGGAGUGUGAGGUAGUAGGUGAUUGGACAAACUCCAUUGUCAAUCACCUAUACUGGUGUUCCACAACAACUAGGGAAGGUGCUGGUGACUUGGUGGAGGGCAAGUGGUUGUCUCUUGACAACCACUUGCACAAUGUUCACAGUGGCCACAGUGAAGCCUUCCCACAGUGUGCCCAUGGGCCCUUGCGCAGACAGUGGCUUAAACCGAACACAAAGGCCAGUGUUAAGCUUUCUGCUAUCAUUACAAAGAAAAGCCUUCUGAAGGACAUCCGAAAGCUGUCACCCAAAUACCAGACCGCACACUUGGAGGCAUUCCAUAGUACAAUCAACCACUUUGCUCCAAAAUGGGCAGCAUUCUUUUACAUGGGGAUGUUGUCAAGGCUCCAUCUGGCUGCUCUGCACCACAACGAAAACUGUGGGCGGGGACAGGCCAGAAACAAGGAUGGGGAGAGAAUCUAUAAGAUCAGGUAUAAAAAGUUCAAGAAGUCAUGCACAGUGCAGGCAGUGCAAGGGAGCUGCACGUUUGACUAUGUGACUGAACUCACAGAAGAAGCAGUGAGGCUCUGCGAAGAAGCUAUCGUGGAUGAUGAUCUGAUGGAAAUACCACCAACCCUUACAAGUACUAGUGGUGCUGACAGGCUGAACAAAGAAGCUGCCAUCCAGGCCCACAGAACAAGAUUCAGCAUUGAUGAAUAGUAGUAAAAGUACAGUUCUUCUUCUG